GUAUUGCUCUUUGCCGAGGUUAUAUGAAUUGUUAUUGUUUGCUUCAUUUUGAACGCUAUCAGAUUGGUGCAGUUUCAGAUUUUCAGUUAUCCAGACUUACUAGCUUCGAAGGUUUGCAUGGUUGUUCAAGGAGUCAUCAAUCUAGCUAUCACUAGGAGGAUUCCAGGAAAAGGGAUGCAUAGAAUAUCAGAAGCACAUAUAGGACGAUACACCUGUUUAUGAGGGCUUGUUGAGGUCCUGGUCUCUGUAAAGCUGAAAAUCG